AGGCAGGCUCCGCCCCCAGCAGCCCGGGACUCCGGAGAGAGCCGCGGCUCCGCUCGCGCCCCGGAAGCUGCCCCUUCCCGGGGGUCAUGAUGGGCAGCAAGAUGGCGUCUGCCAGCAGGGUCGUUCAGGUAGUCAAGCCACAUACCCCGUUAAUAAGGUUUCCCGACCGGAGAGAUAAUCCUAAGCCCAAUGUGUCGGAAGCUUCGAGAGCCACAGGCCUGCCUCACUCCUCCGCACAGCACGCCCCGGGGAGUAGGUCGCCAGGCUUGCUGAUGUACCAGGGCCCCCCAGACACUGCAGAAAUCAUCAAGUCACUGCCACAGAAAUACAGAAGGAAACCCGUACCUCAGGAGGAAAUGGAGUUUAUCCAGCGAGGAGGUCCCGAAUAAUCACCGUGGCUGCUGCUUGUCACCAGACAGAAAGAAGACUUGUCUGUACAAUAAAGGACUCCUAAAAUGACACGUGGAAAAUUGUAUAUGCAACAACUUUAAUAAAUAUUCUGUAAAAAUCAUAAAAUAUGGAACCUUUAGAUGGACAUCCAUAUCUCCUAAUUUAUGUAUCUCGGUCAGCUUCACCACAAGCUUACCUAAUUGUUUAUAUACUUUAUGCUUAUUAAAAUAUACAUUUUUAAAUGUUA